GCGAGAGAGGGGAGGAGGAAACCUGAGGCUCUACGGAGAGCUGACCGUGCUUUCUACAGGAAACAAAUCAGAGAGAGAGAUAGAGAUAGAGAGAGAGAGAGAGAGAGAGAGAGAGAGGGAGAGAACUGUUGUAAGCGCCGUGUUUCGUCGCGGUUUUGUGAGUGUUUUUCUGGAAGCGGGCGCUUAGCGAAUCAGGGAAAUCUGGAGCCCUGUUUGUUUAGUCGCGGGAAUCCAAGCUAAAGGUGUUUAUUUGGUGUGUUUUUGAAGGUGUGAGGCUCGAGACUGCGCGCAGAAUGACCGUUGACUGGCCUGAUCUGCUUAUCGUUCGCGGGCAUUAGGUAAGAGCACUUAUUUACACCGAUCAAAACUGAAAGAAAAGCAGGUAGCUUAACGUUUCUUUUGGGGCACUAUCAACAAUAAGACAUGUUGUAGCGUAAUUUUAGUCCGUUAACUCGCCCACAUCACGUCUAAAUUUUAGCCCAGCGAAUUCUAAGUCUUCCGAGAGUCUGAUAUCGUACUUGUUUAAGGAACUAUCAACACCUCGGUUUGCUGGCGAACCAAACACCACGCAUUUGCUUCGAGGGUCUUUUGGGUCGAAAGGAGGAGGAGAAUAAUGGCAUUGCUGGCCGUCCGGAUGCUUAUGCUGGGGUUUUGGUGUUGUGCUGUUGCUGCGGGAGAGGGACAGUCCACUCCGGCCACAUGCUCUCCGCUGUGCCGCUGCGAUGAGGACGGAGGAGCGGACUGCUCUGGACGAGGACUGACCACCGUCCCCACCGGCCUCAGCGCUUUCACAUAUUACCUGGACAUCAGCAUGAACAACAUCACUGAGCUGCCUGUUAAUGUCUUCAGAAACCUGCCCUAUCUGGAAGAACUGUGAGGAUGAUUU